AUGCUCAAAAACAGGAGCAUUUCAACUACUCCAAAACAGGGUCAAGAUGCACUGCGAAGUUUCCAACGGUACGGCUUGAGUAACAUUUACGGUAUCAAAUCGAUGUUAUCCAAAAAGGACCUCGUUCCGUUUCCGCUGAUCUAUGCCAUCGACACAACAACAAAAAACCUUCGAAGCACCUUAGAUUUCACCAGCACAACAUUCUCCGUCGAGAAGAACUCUACCGAGGAUCCUUCAAUGAAUGACGUCGAUGCCGUUCCGAUCCCCAUUCCUAUCGGAAAAACGCCUAAAAGCUAUACGUUAAUACGAACUGCAGCACCUUCGACCUUUGUUCACAGGGAUGAGCACUCGGGCAGAUCCGGUAUUCCGAUUCAAAUGGUUGAGAUACGAAAAGUGAAACGAAUUGGUGGAGGAUAUCCUUAUGGACCACGAAACCUCUCGAUUGUCGAGUACUCACAAUCACUGAAAGUAGAAAAGUGCACGGGAAACAGUAUCGCUUUCAAGACUCCGAAAAUACAUCAAUCGCUACCACCACAAUCUGCGGACGUAUGGGCAAUUAGGCGACUCGAUCAAAUAUCGACAAUGGGAAACGCCAAUCUUUCGUGUCAGUACUGUGUGACCUACUGGAAAAUGCAGACCAAAUUCAAACCAAUUAAUGUAUAUGUCUAUUGCUGUAAAUGA